CCACCAGACGCGCCACAGCCCUGGCUCGCCUCGCGCCGCACGGGUCGUCACGCUGUCCCGUGAGACCACCUGCCUCGCUGGCGGGUUUUAAUCAAGGGACUAAUUUUCUCAAAACGUGAGGGAUAUUAUGUGUUCUCUGUGGAUUGAUACGAAAAACCCAGUGUUGUUUGGUGCCUAGCAUUCAGAAAUAUCAGCAAUUAACGUACCACCUAUGAUGAAAUGUGCAUGAUUGUGUGUGUGUUUUGCCAUUUUUACUGUUGAAGUGUGAUUCAAAUAUCCGUACAUCGUUCCGUGAGCUGAGUGGACAUAUGCACCAUUCUUCCAUAACGACAGUUAAUUCAAAUAACGGAAGUUAGUGUGUGACAAAUUGAAUUACCAAAUACAAAAAUUCAAGUCAACCUAAAUUGGGAGGAAAUCCUGCUUGGCCAACUUGCAGCGUGCUGAAUGUGUGCAGACCUCGAUGUGCUGAGUGCGCGUCAGGGACGCGGUGUUCCGCGUCCCUGAAAUACAACAAGGAGAAAACAAAGCACGCCAAGACACUGUUCACCUGGGUCAGAUCCUACUGUGGCGCGGGAGUCAGUCAGUCAGUCAGUCAGCAUCGUAAGACACAAGACGAGGAGCAAGCAAGAUUCACGACGACACAGUUCUUCACUGACUCGUAAACUCACUGACUGCAAAGUGCGUCUGUGCAGAGAAGACAACACGUGUGGUGCCGCCCUCCCGUGACUACUGAGGAGACAGGAAAGAGAAGAAACCAGGAAAGAAACAGCAAGAGGAGGAAGAGGAGGAGGAGGAGAAGGAGGAGGAAGAGGAGGACGACGACAAAAAAGAGUUGGGGAUUAAAGGGGAGGAGGACGAACAAGAGGAUGUACUGUGGUAAGAGGAGGAGGAGGAAGGCGUAAAUAGAAUAAAGGAAUAAAGAAAUACAAAAAAGAGUACGAAUGUAUAGGGAAGAAUAACGAAAUAUAUUGUCAAAUCAGGAAAAAAAAAGAAGGAAGAAAAGGAAAUAUAAAGGAAAUAGAAGCAAGAGUAGUGAAGCUUGAGAUAGAAUAAAAAAAAGAUAUGAAGGAGUAAUGGUUUACAAGAAGGAGUAAGGAAAUAUAAGGAAGAAUAAUGAGAAGUACAGAAGGAAAAGGAUAUAUAAUGAAAGAAAAUAACCGUAGAUAACGCCUAUGAAAUUUUACUGGCACACAUUUCUUUCCUCCUCUCCUUCGAUUACCUUCCAACGUGGCAUACCCUUCCCUUAGCUAACCCAGCCAUUAUCCAAGAGGCAGAGAGGGAGAAGAUACAGUGCUCACCUCCUCACCACGCCCUGCAAUAAAGAGCAACACCUCCUCCUUCAAUGACCUCAUCCCAACACAUCAAAGACAAACCCACCACCACCACCACCACCACCACCACCACCACCACCACCACUACCACCACCACGACCACAACCACCAACCACGACCAUAACAAUAAUAAUGACCAAAAUCAUAGCCCCCUCCACAAUUCCCGCCACAGUCAGAGCCGCACAGAGUCACCAGCAGCACCUCCAAGCCAGCUCUCCUUGUCCCAGCGGCAGUCCUCGUCCCCCCUUACCACCACGUCGCCUUCACCAGCACCACCCUCUCCCUCCUCCACGCCACCGCCGCCACUCCAGCACGAGACCGCCGCCCUUAACCCUCCGAGGAACGUGCUGCUCCAGGGCCGUCUCGACCAGCUGCAGGCGGAGGUGAGCAAGCUGGAGCAGCGGAGCGAGCAGCUGGAGGCUCGGGUAAAGAGUUUCUUCCGCCAGCACCAUGCCCUCGCCGCUGCCACGGACCAGAUCGACCUUAAACUGGAGGCGCUCAACCGACAACACAAGACCCUCUCGUCCUCAUAGUCUUUUGUGUGGCUGCCUCGAGGAACACUGCACGUACACCGCCUCUCCUGAGUGUGUUAUGGAGAUCCUUAAUGUUGAGGCAUACCUGUGUUUCCUGGUGUGAAAGAGAUUUGUGUGGUGUAAUACAGGUGCCGACACCGCACUUACCCACAAGAAAUGACAAAAUAUCAUCGUUUUUAUGCUUACUAUAAUUUUUUUUAGGAAGAGUCUUGGUGCGGCUGUAUGUGUGUGUGUGUGUGUGUGUGUGUGUGUGUGUGUUCCCUGGUUCAAAACAAACUUGUGCAGAGUGAGACAGGUGGCCACACAGCACUCACCUACGAAAACUUAGGGAAUAUUGGCAUUUUUAUGAAGAGCGUUUUUAUAAAGAGUCCUGGGACCGCUGCGUGUGUGUCUGUGUGUCUUGACGCAACACGAACUUGUGCGGAGUAAGAUGGAUGGAUGCCAGAACAACUUUACCCGAGGGAAACUUAUCAAACAAUGUCAAUUUUAGGCUUCAUCUUUAUUUUUGUAUGAGUCAGUGUCGCAGAGAAUGCCUCAGAAAGGUUACGUGGACCACACACAUUUUUUUUUUACGGCUAGUUUUAUGUUUUGUGGCCGCUCGGAUACAAUGUAUUUCUGGGAACAGGCUCGUCAAGACCUCGCUGCGGGGUUGCGUGGGCGCGGCGGGGAGUUCCCUCGCUCCUUCCUUCUCUCGCCAAGCUCGCCUCUCUUCACCCAACACUCGAUAUUUUGAGGAAAAUGGAGCGGCUACAACAAAGGCAACAAAUUUUCAGGGGCAGGGUGUAUUGGUAAAAAAAAAGUAGGGCUUUCAUAAAGACGGGCUGGAACUUAUUAAAAUGAGAUCCAAACGAUGGAAAUUAACAAGAAAAUCUUAAUACAGGUAGUUAAGCGUGACUAAAAUAGCAGAUUAAAAAAAAAAAAAAACAGAAGGCAAUAGAAAGCAUAGAAACAUAUUACGGCUUUCAUUGACACCUUUUUGUGACGCGUGUGUUGCAUGCACGGAGACUGCACGGCGAGAGAGAGAGAGAGAGAGAGAGAGAGAGAGAGAGAGAGAGAGAGAGAGAGAGAGAGAGAGAGAGAGAGAGAGAGAGAGAGAGAGAGAGAGAGAGAGAGAGAGAGAGAGAGAGAGAGAGAGAGAAUGAUUUUUCUUUGUAAAUACUAUGCCCAACAAGAAACAUAGAUUGUGUUCUUAUUCUUCAUAUUAUUUCCAUUAUUUAUCUGGUAAUGGUGCCCCACUUUCCUUUAGUAGCAUACUAUCACAAACUAUUCUUAUACACAACGACGGCAAUUUGUAAGUCAUGCAAGAGUAGUUAAGACGAGAAUAAAACACUUAUGGAUAGAUCAGAGACGUACCCAUUCGCUUGAAAGAUAAUGACGAUAAAAUUAUUUAAAAGUUUUCUAUUGCCACCUCAAGAUAAAUAAUAAUGAAUUCUUGGUGAUGAAAGGAGUCAGUGGCACUGUUUUUCAAAAGUUAAUGAAGAGUUGAUAUCUGUAUUUAACAAGGAGGGGCAGCAGCGGCAAGGAAGACAGAACAAAGGCAAGGACAUUGGCAGGAGUAGCUGUGCAAAUCAAUGAAUUCGUUCGAUGUUUUUUAGUGUACGAGUAUAUUGAUUAAUAGAAAGUCUGGUAAAGCAUUCGAUACUUAUUUUCUGUCAGGGUGUCUAUCUGAACCAUGUCAUUCAUUCAUAACCUCUUUAAGCGACCACAUAAAAUUUAAUGGUUAUCGAUCAUUACCUCGUGUAUGUCUCUUCUUAUUCCGACAGUUAACACAUGGCAUUCAGUGCAUUCCACCACCUACACUCAUCAUAACACCUUUCACCGUUACUACUAAUACCACUGUCCCCACAAACCUGCACAGUACCCCUCCCAUAGCCAGUAAAUAAACGCACAAAGCCAAAACGAGAAACUCUCACAAAGUACGCGAGACUGCUCUCGUAACCACCAAAACCACCCUUACUCACCACCACCUCCAUCACCUACACACCUGCCACUCCUUAACCCACUAAAUUACCGACCGAAGCCAAUCAAGUCAAGAAAAUGCUACAGAGUACACGAGGACAUUCACAUAAUACAAUAAACAUAACAUCUACUACUAUUUGUUUCACCACCAGCACCUACUUACUCCACUGCAUUCAGAUCUACAACCCACCACCCAACACCAUCACCACCACCACGAACACCACCAGGUAACCUUUACCCUUCGCUAGGUGCGCACUCGUUCCCACCAUCUUGAAUUAAAUGUGAAUAUAAACGAGUGCAUCAGCCUGGGAGCAGCGGCAACAAUAGCAGAGCGGGGCAGAAUAAGGAGAGAAAAUAGGCAAAGCGGAACAUCCAGUGAGUGUGCCGCGCCCAGCCAUGAAUAUGUUGAUGGCUGCGGUAAGUAUUAUCCCUUUGAAGUUGUAUUGAUAGCGGCGCUGCUUGAAAGGAUCGACGAGCAGGAGCCAUGUGGUGUUAAAUUCUGCGUUUAGUACUUCUGGGCUUUCGGGUGAAGCUGUGUUUUGGAUGGAAUAAGUUUCCCUUUGAGCUAAGAUUGUUUUUUUCUUUCUUUUUCGCUUCAGUACGGCACGCAGAAGGAGAGACUGAGAGGAAGGAUGCUUCGAACACACACACACAC